CCCCGAGCGGCCACACUGUCGUCGCCACGGAGGAGACAGAGGCGGCCUUUUUUCUGACCGUCGCCGAGAAAGAGGGUUUGCUGUACGAUGUGAUGUGUGACGGCAACGUGAUCCAGCCAGUAAUGGAAGUGCGCAGCGACUCCGAAUGCGCCAAGAUGUGCCGCGAAACCCUGAACCCGGACGCCUGUGUCGGCUACCAAUCCUACGUGGGGGUGCUCGAUGGCAGUGACAAGGUGAUCUGCAUGCUCUUCUCGAGCAUCUCCAGCGCAGUGCAGUACACGAAGAACCCGAAGGACUGCUCAGAACCGGGAGCGGCGUCUCGCAAGAGCGCACGAUGCCGAAUCCCGGCCACCUCGGAGCCGCUCCAGAAGGAGAUUAUGAAAACGCUCGAUAACAUCGAUGGAAAGUGCUUCGGCGUAUUGUAA